AUAGACACUCCGUUUUUGGCAACACAGCACUCUUCUCACGUGAUAUUGCUGAAGUUUAACCGUGUAGAAUAAUUUGCCUGGAAACAUUUUUGAGCAAAUCCAUUACAGUCGACAGAUGAGAAGUGAUGAUGCGUGUAAUUAUAUAUGAUUAAAAAAAAUGAAUGGGAGUUAAUCCCCUGAUGAAGCGCUUUAAUACUAUAUGUUUUAGUUAUUUAACAUGCAAAUAGUGCGGUCAGUGAGCCCUAGAUAAAUUAAUAGGCUCUCUUUCCCGUUAGUUCAUUUAUGUAUUUAAACUCUAGCUCUGUAAAUUCACACACUUGCGUAAUAAUCUGUCAUGCUACACUCAAAUCUAUAAGAAAACUUUCCAAAUAAGCUGAGCGUGCAAAACCGCUCAUAGCUUCUCUAGCAAUCUGAAUGUUUGGCACUUCAGUAUGAACCAAGUUCACUGUAAGAUAAUGUAAUUUGCUUUGUGACUGCCAUUUAUAUGCCAAGUUGUGGACAGGACAGUAAUUCAAAAUGCCUCCACUUUCUCAUUGUCAUAUGUUUUAAUGUGAAAAGAGCUUUAUAGAAGUCGAAAUAGACUGUAUAUACAGGAUGUAAAAUUCUUUCUGUAUAUGCUAAGUCUAAGCAUAUAAAAUAGGCUGUGUUCACCAAACAGUAGUAGCAUAAGAUCAUUAAAAAUCUUACUAGUCUCUUGUUGCGAGAAGACUCAUUCACACGCUGAAGAUGAACUCUUCAAAAAGCUCUUUGAUGGCUACAACAAGUGGUCAAGGCCUGUACCAAACACCUCCGAUGUUGUCAUUGUCAAGUUCGGUUUAUCUAUUGCCCAGCUGAUUGAUGUGGACGAGAAGAAUCAGAUGAUGACAACAAAUGUCUGGCUAAAGCAGGAGUGGAAUGACUAUAAACUACGCUGGAAGCCUUCAGACUACGACAAUGUGACUUCUAUCAGGGUUCCGUCAGAACUAAUCUGGGUCCCGGAUAUAGUUUUGUACAACAAUGCAGACGGGGAGUUUGCGGUGACCCACAUGACCAAAGCCCACCUCUUCCACACAGGUAAAGUGCGCUGGGUUCCACCUGCCAUCUACAAGAGCUCAUGCAGCAUCGAUGUCACCUUCUUCCCCUUUGACCAGCAGAACUGCAAGAUGAAAUUCGGCUCGUGGACUUACGACAAAGCCAAGAUCGACCUGGAGCGCAUCGAGAACACGGUCGACUUGAAAGAUUACUGGGAGAGCGGCGAGUGGGCCAUCAUCAAUGCUGUUGGCACCUACAACACCAAGAAGUACGACUGCUGCCAUGAGAUCUACCCAGACAUCACCUACUUCUUCAUCAUCCGCCGUCUGCCGCUCUUCUACACCAUAAACCUCAUCAUCCCCUGCCUGCUCAUCUCCUGUCUGACCGUUCUGGUCUUUUACCUCCCGUCCGAUUGUGGUGAGAAGAUCACGCUGUGUAUCUCGGUCCUCCUCUCGCUCACCGUCUUCCUGCUGCUCAUCACAGAAAUCAUCCCCUCCACCUCGCUCGUGAUCCCACUCAUUGGCGAAUACCUCCUCUUCACUAUGAUCUUCGUCACCUUGUCCAUCGUCAUCACCGUCUUCGUGCUUAACGUCCACCACCGCUCGCCCAGCACUCAUAAGAUGCCCCGCUGGGUUCACUCAGUCUUCUUGGAUUUGAUCCCACGGUGGUUGUUUAUGCGUAGACCUGCACCGGACAGCCGUCGCAGGCAGAAACUCCUCCUCCUGCAGCGGCAGGGCCAAGGAAUGACGUCACGGGUGCUUGGACCAGCGAACGCAACCCUCAGUACAUCUACCAGCUGGUUCAGAGGGGAGGACGAGUCCCGCAGACGCUUCUGUUAUAAGGACUUAGAACUGGGAACGCUGUCCUCGGCGAUCUCGCUUUCACUCCAAACCCCGUCGCCCUGCCCUCUCGCCUCGACUCCACCUCCUCUACAGAAAUUUGCCCCCUCCUCUAGACUGGAGUUGGGCCUGGCUUCCAGGCAGCUUGGUGGAAGAGUUAAUGUCACAAAGCGGCCUGACAACAUGAUGCCAGACAACCCAGGGUUCCCUCUGUCCCCCAGUGUCCUGCAAGCUCUGGAGGGGGUUCACUACAUAGCAGACCACCUGAGAGCAGAAGAUGCUGACUUUAGUGUAAAAGAGGACUGGAAGUAUGUUGCUAUGGUAAUAGACAGAAUCUUCCUAUGGAUGUUCAUCAUAGUUUGUUUGCUGGGCACAAUCGGACUCUUUCUCCCGCCCUGGCUCGCAGGCAUGAUCUAGAAAACACAUUAGUGAGUAUAUUAUACUCACUAACAAUAAGGACAAUAAGGACUUCUAAUGUAUAGGCUUCCACAGGAAGAACCAGCAUGGGGACACAACGCCCCUUCUAGCAGGGAGCAUCACGCAUGAGAUUGCGUGCUGAGAUUUCCCAGAUGCAUGUUUGACAUCAGGAUUGUGGCAUCAAAUACCUGACAUUUACUUAGGUCAGAUAUUGAGAGGAAAGCCACAAAUUAAAGAAGCUUGUCUAUGAAAACGCUUGUAUUUGAAUGUAUAACCUUAAAUAUUACUGUAAAAAUUUAAAGUGCCAACUGGAAGGAACUACACAAAUUUAACUGAUUACAUAAAUAAAAGCACUGAGGUUGUUAUUUCUCAUGUCUUGUUACUCUUCAUAUCAAAGAGUGCACACUAAAGAGAUGAGACAAAGUGGUUUGUGGUUAUGUGUGUGUGUUGAGUCUGUCUUGGUACCAACCUCCUGAUAUAAUUUAAAGAGAUGUUUUACCAAAAAUUUAAUUUCUGUCAUUUACAGUACAUAUUCAUGUUUUUACAGAAUGGUAUGCAUGUCUGUCUUCUGCAAAACCUGAACAAGAUAUUUUCAGAAAUGUUUUUUUUUCAUACAGUGGAAGUCACCAAAACCAAAAAAAAAAUACCUUUAAUACAGACGCAUAAAGACUUAUAUCCGUUAUCUUAUGUCUCACCUGUUCUGUUGUGUAUUUGGAAGUCACGUUUACAAGUAACAACACCUUUUAAUGUUGUUUGCAAGCAUAAAAAGCAUAUUUGUGCAU